AUGGGGGCGGAGGAAGUGGGGGAAGUGCAUGAGCAUGAUGCUGGUGACUCAGAGCAAGCCGUCAGUGGUCCUCAAACUCAACGACGAGGUGCAUGGCGUCGACGUCCCUUAGACGAUCCUAGGAUUUCUUGCAGCGAUCAGGCUACCGCAAUCAUUGCUGAGCUCGCAGCCGCACAUUGUCUCUCUUCUAUUCACGAUCCACUUCGAUGGCUGCAAGAUAUUGGGAAUUUUGUGCAAGUCCCAUCUGUGGACGAUGAAUCUUUGUUAUCACUGGUGGUGAGGUGUAGAGGAAUGAUGGGCAAGGACAUUCGUAUCAAUUUCAUGAUCAUGAUUAAUUUCAUGACGCUUGUUUGUAAGUGUCAGAGCAUCCGCCUCAAGACAGGCUUACACCUGAAAGGGAUUUAUGAGAAUGAAGUCAAAGACCGCCCUUCAGAGACGAAGGUCACUUAUCGCACUUUUUUGGAGUGGCAUGCUACUGGUAGCAAGUUCAUUGCCAUCGCAUGUGGUGGCUCCAUAUAUGCUUUAGUACUCAUCGCAGGCCUUGGUCUUAGAGUGUCCAUCGCAUCCAUGGUUGGAACCACGCACUUACAUCUAGCAGACAUGCUACGAUCACCUCCAAGGGAUUCUCCUCAAAGAAAGCUGAUUCUUGAACGCAUUGUACCCACCAUCGCACGCAUGCGACUCUCCCAUCCCUUCAGUAUGACCUCAAUGUUCUCUCGCGCUUUGAUCGAGAGAUUCUCCAUCUCAAAGGAUAUCGACUGCACGGACUUCUCAGCAUCUGAUCGGUUUUUUGAUGCCAUUAUCCAAAACGCAUUCACACCACUCCGUAGAAGUGGACAUGUUUGGCGCGCUUGCAUUGCGCCUGUGCCAACUGAUCUUCAAAGGCUGCCUUUACACACUGUCAAUCACAGUGAGCUCUAUGGUGUAGGUCGUCCUUAUAGUCCACCAUUAUCCGACAUCGAGGAGGACGAGAUCGCGCAUGUUGUCAUUGACACAGCGUUUGAUCCAUCAUCAGCUAAGAACAAGUGCUUCAAGCCUCCUCGCGACAAGGUCCUGAACACUAGCUGGAGUGCGGCGGAGAGGUUACGAGCAGAGGCGGGUGAAAGGGUGAAAAGCCUGGAAGACUUACGCAACAAGCUCAAAACUUUCUAUCGCAAUGGCGUCAAGAAAUUACCUGGUGCAUACUUACUAAUCUCAAUGCAGAUCAUGCCAAAUCACCACCUAGAUCUUCGAAACAAGGAUGGGUCGUUGAUGGCGUUUGUAUCUACUGCACUUCCCACCCACAUACGCGCUUCUCUGGAAGUCAAUUUACUGGCUGCACUCGGAAAUGCAGACUUGCUUGGAGAUAUGGAUACGCGCUUGCCUGGAGGUAGACCUUUCCAGGCUAUGCACCUCUCUUGGUACAAUCGCCAUUGUACAUCGGGCCUUAACGCUCCAACAGACGUUCAACCUUGGCUGCUAGAGAAGGAAGGAAUGCGCACAAACCAUGGUCAAGUUAUUCCCUACAUAUCCCAGGACUUACAACAGCACAGACUCGUAUACGGAACAAUCUCAAAGGUGUACGGGGAGUUAUUUGAGUGGGUAAGACAGUUGAUGGAGAAUUACCUACAAGAAGAGUUCGAAAUGCUGAUGGAGGUCGCCUCAGUUUUGCCUGGCAACGCUCUUCCCCCCGUUGUUCCUUUCAUUUCUCUAGUGAUCAACAUCAAUGUUCGCACCAAAGCUCAUAGAGACAGCGGUGAUCGUCAUCUAUGUUUGGUGAUACCUAUUGGACACUUUGAGGGGGGGGCCUUGUGCUUGUUGGAGAAUGGGCUAGUUCUGGAGUUGCGCAAUGGUGACAUAGCUAUCUUCAGAUCUAGUGAGGUAACCCAUUUCAACCUAGACUACAGGGGGGGAGGGCGUCCUUGGUUUUCCAGACUGACAAGGAGUUUGCAUCAUGGAUUAGGAAUCAAAAUGGAUGGGUAG